AAACCUCCCGCGCUCUUCAAUCAGCGAAAUACACACAGAGAUCAGAGAGAGAGCUCCGUAAAUUAAUAAAUUUAUAAUAAAAAUGUUAUCUUUAUCGAAAAAGCUCCAACGUUCCCGUGGAAACUCCUCCUCGGAAAUUGAAACCAACAACAAUGUCAUGGCAACGAGCAAUCAGAAAAAAGUCUCCAUCAGAGAUCGGCUCCUCGUCAAGGAGUUAUCAGACCUCCCCUCGCUGCUCCCCCCCAGCGUGACCUUGACCCAUCCGGACCCUGAUAAAUUACACGAAUUCACGGUGACCGUCCAGCCGGAGGAAGGUCACUGGGCCAGAGGGAAGUUCGUCUUCAACGUCGUCGUCACGGAGGAGUACAACUUUGCCCCACCCAUCGUGAAGUGCCGCACGAGGCUCUGGCAUCCUAACAUAACCGAGGAGGGGUCUGUCUGUCUGUCCCUACUCCGUCAGUCCUCAAUCGAUGAGUUAGGAUGGGCGCCUACGAGGACCUUGAAAGACGUCGUUUGGGGCGUGAAUGCGUUGUUUACCGACCUCCUAAACUUCGAGGACCCCCUGAACCCCUCCGCUUCGGAACAAUACCAUUCGGACCCCAAGCAAUUUCAACGGAAAGUUAAAGAGUUUAUUUCUAAAUAUUGUUAAUCAUCUCAUAAUAAUUAUACACACACAUUUAAAUUAAAAAAAACAUUAAU